UGCUGCAUGCAUGCAUGCUUAUAAUAUUUAUAUAUAUAUAUGCAUGGUAUAAGACGGCCUCGCUUUUGUUUAGGAAUUCCUUCAAGUUGUUGAUCAAAUAUUCAGCAGGCCAGGCCAGAUUCAUCUAUCUAAUUUUGCGAAUGGCGGCCUGCACAAGGUGGAAAGUUUUCUUUCCAGUACUAAUUUUGUGCGUCUCCCUGCUGGGUAUGGCUGUGUCUGUGAGUGGAGAUGCAGCACUAAUAGAAGAUGUGUGCAGCAAAACUACAAGGCCUGACCAUUGCAAAGCGUGCUAUAAAUUAAACAGCAAAAGCUCACAAGAGAAUGUGAAAGACCUUGGACGCCUAUCCAUUGGGUGUGUUUUCUUAGAGUUAGGAAUAUUCCGAUCCACUUUAGGUUCACUUUUGAAGAAUACCAACGACAUGGGGCCGGAGUUUCUGAACGCAUGCACUAGUUGCUCUACCAUGCUGGUGUCUGUGGAUAAAAGAAUCAAAGACUCACUUGAGGCAUGGCAGCAGGCACGUUAUGAGACCUCUACCAUGCAUAUGUGGUAUGCUGUCAGCAUUAUCAAUGAUUGUCGCGGUGGACUGAGGAUGAUGGUCGGUCUCCCCAAGUCUCUGGCAGACCAGAUUAUUGCACUGGACGGUUUCGGUCAGGCCUCCUAUGGAGUCCUGGAUCAAAUUCACUGAUUUGAUCAUGUAUAUAUAUAUAUACACACACAUAGAUGUGCACCACCAAAAAAACCUGUUUCUUAUGUAGAUAAUCCUACGAUAUUAUUCUCAGUCGAUCUGCAAUAAACGAAAGUAUUGUCCUACUUAAUUUGCAUGCAUAUUCAAGAUUACUGUCAAUGUUUUUUUCCCUUUUCCUGUUAACAUCAUUUAUGUUAUUGUUGUCACGCAUGCAUGCAAGUACUCGCAAAAUAAGUUAAUGAUCCGUACGUAUAGAGCUCAAGUGUACGUGAAAUUAAUUUUUUCUGAUAUUUCUUUAAUUUGUUAGAGCCUAAUCAACCA